AUGCGCGUGCAGAAAUGGAUGAUUCAAGUGGCGUUCGCACUGUGCGCUCUACUGACUUUUGCUAACUGCCUGGAACAAAACGCCUCGACGCAGUGCGUCGAAAACGAAGUUUGCUCAACGAACAACGCUCACGUCUGCCGAAACAACACGUAAGUUGGGGGCGAUCAGACAUUAGUUUUGGUUGACUAGGGGGUCAUUUUUGUCGAAUUUUCGAAAAAAACGUUAGAAAUGCGUGUUCUAACAUUGUACGAAGCAUGAAAUAAAUUUGAAGACUUUUAGAGCUGAAGCUCGGGCGCAGGUCGGAGGAUUUUUUGAAUAUUUUUCGAAGCGACAGCUAAAAAUUGCGCAAUAUGUCUUGGAAAACGGUACACUAACUUUUUAUGAAGAUUGAACUAAUUUUGAAACUUUUAAAGGCGAAGGGCGGGCGCAGGUCGGAAAAAAUUUCAAUCUUUUUUUUCAAUAUUUUGAGAGAAGUUAUUUUAACAUCUCUAAAGAAAUAUACACGUCUUUUGAUCUCCCAAAAAUCCCUCCUUUCAGUUGCGUAUCAGUCUGCUCUCUACGGGGCAUGAAGGAAUGCGUCUGUGACACCGAAGAGGACAACUACUGCUACCUGUGCUGCGGCAACGACGAGAAUCGCUGCCAACCCGCGCACGAGCACGGGAUCCUCCGCGCGAACGGCGAGCGCUGGGAGCGCGAGUCGUGCGCGCGCUGCCGCAUGAAUGGCGCCGAAAUGGAGGGCCUCGCGUGCGACGACCACGACACACAGCGCCUCUGCCUCCAAGGCAAAUGCUCCAAGUCCGUGUGCCACGACAAGCAGCAGGGCGCGUUCUGCGACCGCAAACUGGAGAAGAUUUGCGUGGACGACAUUUGCGAGAACCCCUGCGCCAAGAUUCAGCCCCAUUUGAUGGUGUGCGACUGUCCGGCCAUCGAUCCGGACACGGGCUUCGCCAGCGAGGAUCGAUGCCAGCUUUGUUGCUACGACUUUAAUGUGGUAGGUGGAGUCGAAAAAUAAAUUUUUCAAGUAUUUGUGAGAUUUUUUCAUAGGCCGAAAAAAAUUAGUCUCGAACAUGAAACUUUGGAAAUGAGGAUAAAAAAAUUCUAGACAUCAGAAAAAAUUUUCAUUUUUCAUUUUCUGUGGUAUUCGGUGAGACGAUUUUUAGGACUUGAAAUUUUCAUUUUCUUUUAUUUUUUCGACUGCACAGUGCAACCCCAAAAAUAGGCCAAAACUCCAACUGCACCGUGCGUUUUCAAAAAUAGGCCAAAAAUCCGACCGAACUGUGCAAUUCCAAAAAUAGGUUAAUGAUUCGACUGCACAUUGCAAGCCCAAAAAUAGGCUAAGAACCAGUGUGCACAGUGCAGUACUAUAAAUAGUCUAAAAAUGCAACUGCACCGUGCAACCCCAAAAAUAGGCCAAAAAUCCGUCUGCACCGUGCAAUUUAAAAAAUAGGCUAAAAAUUCGACUGCACAGUGCAUGUUGGCGACUUCACUGAAACCGCCAAUUCUUUCCCACGAAUUUGCAUAAAGUCAAAGGACAAAGUCUUCAUAAGAUCAAUUUCCCCUAUUCUCAGAAGUCGGUGUCUCGCGCUCCUCUAGUGAGCGGUUGUGUGUGUUUCUCGUGUAUUGCCCAAUAAAUAUUCUCCUAUUGUCUACAAAUCGUUUAUAGUGCAAUCAAGAAAAAAAAGUUUUGCGCUUUCCAAAAACUUCAACGCAAAAUUAUCAACCUUUACAAACCUUCAUUUUCAACUUUCAGAAACCCUCAUCUCGCCGUUGCCAAAGCGCCUUCCGCAAGUACCACAUCUCGACGCCGCAGGGUCGCCCAAUCUGGCGUGUGGGGCUGGACUGUGCGGGCGGGAAGACCUGCAACCGCUAUGGAAUUUGCACCUCGGGCGCUGCGGACCACACCGGCCCUUUGGCGGGUCUAUGGCAGACCAGCGGAGGUCGAACAUUGCUCAUUAUUGUGUUCAUAAUUUUUGCGCCCGCCAUCAUAUGA